GCCUAACAUCAUAUCCCACAACCUGUUGGACAUCUAUCGCCACAAGUUUUUGCCACUUCCAAACGAAACUAGGUGUCUUUUAUCUUGCAAAAAGGGUGACGCAAAGCGUUUGCUCUAAACUCGACAAGGUCACGAGGCUCAUUUGUGAACAGAGUCAUCGGUUUAUCUCUUACGAAUCACGAUCACUCACUCUGUAUUCCGUACUUGUAUUUAAAUUCGAAAUUCCAAUCUCAUCUCUGUCAACUUGGACUUCAUAUCAGUACAUUGUACGAGUACUCACUGUUAACUCACCAUUCAUCAAUUGCCUUGGCAUACAUCCGCAAUACCUCUCGGGUCGAAUCACCUCUCGAACAUCAUGUCCGACAAGUACGGUUUCAGUAGUUCCUCCUUUGCUUCCGCGUCGUAUAGUUCCUCAUCGACCUCAUCAACCAACAACCACGACCGAGGUCACUCUCAACGGUACACCGAAACCAUGAGCAGCAAUGACCGCGACGGGACCACGGUACGCCGAACUCACGAGGAAACCGGCAAACCAACGCUCGACGAGACUUACCAUUCUCCUCCGACCCGGAACCGAGGGGCCGCCAGGAUCACGGACGACGACAACGCGGCGUCGGACCAAGGAAGGAUCCAGGACGUCACAGACGUCGACGUCGAUCCCUCGGACCAGGAGGAAAAGGAUCGUCAAUACCUCGAAAGCAUGGAGGAUGAGUACGCUAAACGUGAAGGGUGCGCUUGAGUCCUUGUCUGCCAGUACGGGGUGCUUUUGGUACUCGAUGCCACUUGGGCACCGGCCACACUACCCUUGGGCGUUUGACCCGUGUUUUACAAGAUCCAUGAUCUCGUACUCGAAGAACAAGUGAUUGUACCUUUGGAAACUGUAUUGUAUAAAAUCUAUACCUCUCAUAGUCUGGAAUAUCGAUCUUCCAAUAAUUCUCCUCGGCCAUGAGGCCACGUCGUGGCCAGCAAUGC